CAACACUGAUUGGAGUUCUGAUUCUAAAAAUCGGACUGGACCGAUUCAACUACAAACCGACAAUAAUAAUGGUCCGGUCAAGCAUGUAAAACCGCAGAUAAAAAACUGGUAAAAAUCGUUGAAUCGGCUGAGAACCGGACGAUCAGACCGAACCGAAACCUGGCCGGUUUACACAAAACGGAAGCUCCUUCGUUUCUUUCUCCCUUCCUCCCUUUCUUUCUUUCAUUCAGAAAGAAAUCACACAAACCCAGACAAAAAACCCUAGCACUGUAAGCCUACACCACCGCCGCAAGGAGUGGCAUACUGCCGCCGUCCGUCGCACUCAAAGUUCGCCAUCCGUCCGUCUAUCUAACUUUCCUCGUGCUCCAAGUCUUCAACCCCUGUUUGCUGUCACCGAUCGUGGCUACUUCCUCGAGCUCGGCGUCCGUCGUCUUUGUCUGCUCAGCCGCGCUUCCGUCGCCGUUUGUUUGCCGUUCACGUUCGCUCGGCGUUCAUCGUUCGCGUUCACUCGCCGUUCACCAUUCGAGUUCGCAUUCGUAUUCGUCUGGAAGCCACGUUGCUCUGCUCCAAACUCUGCGACCAACCCGCGGGCUCCACCUAGCCGUCGAACUGCUCUCUUUUUUCGCCGCCCCCAUCAGACAAGCCCAAUAACCCACAAUCUGAAAAAAACUUCACUGAGACCUUCGUCGCCGCUGAAUUGGGUUUCGUUGCAGCUGGCUUCAGUAGGAGUUCUUUGUUGCCUCCGUCUGCUCCACCACAAGAUAUCAAAGCGUCCAAGCCACCACUUCAGUCUCAAUGUUCUAUCUAAGCAAGAUUGAACACACAUUGCCAUUGCCUGCUCCUCAGCUAAGUCGUCCAAUUCGAGAAGCUAUACACACUGAACUUGAGAAGCUUUUCUUGGAUAAGGUUAUUGCAAACUUGGGCCUCUGCGUAUCUGUUUAUGAUAUAAAAUCCAUUGAGGGUGGAUUUAUUUACCCCGGAGAUGGUGCUCCAACCUAUACGGUAGUGUUCAAUUUGAUUAUGUUUCGUCCAUUUGUUGGGGAGAUUAUGACUGCAAAGCUUCUUUCGUCUGAUGCUGAUGGCUUAAGAUUAUCACUUGGAUUCUUUGAUGACAUUUAUGUUCCCCUACAGCACCUACCCAGCCCAAAUGAGUUUAAGGCUGAAUCAAAAAAUAGCACAAAAGGAACAUGGUAUUGGAAAUAUGAGGAGCAGUCAUAUCCUGUUGAUGAUAGUGAUAUGAUCAAGUUCCGCAUUCAAAAUGUGACUUAUCCUUCAAUCCCAGUUGAACAACCAAAAGAGUCAAAGCCUUUUGCCCCUAUGCUGGUCACUGGAUCAAUAGAUCAUGACGGACUGGGCCCUGUUUCUUGGUGGCCUGGGCAAGAAGAGGAUGCGGAAGAGGAGGAGGAGGAGGAGACAGCGGCAGAGGAGUAAAUGUGACUAUUUUGUUUAAUCUUCAAUACUAGGCUAUAUAAGAAACAGGUAGUUGAUAGGACCUCAGAUUCAUUCUUGCAUGAUUGCAACUCAACAACACUAAAUAUGCUUAUUUGUUCAAUUCCUUCUGAUAUGUAAUUUUUCUUUCGGGUCUGAUAUGUAAAUUAUUUCAUGAAACCAUUGUUUGCCCAUUUAUUUUUUACCUGAAUUGCUUUUCACAUGCAAGAAGAGGAAAGUGGACUUUAUUCA